AUGAAGAAAUCGGGAAGCAAAGAAUCCGGAUCAAACUGUGAGAAGGCUCGAUCAACAGAAGGUCAAGGGAGACGAAACGGGACCCAAAGACAGACGAAACAAACGAAAAGACAGCAUCAGAAGACACCAGAAAUGGAAAAAGAGCAGCUGAAAACAAAGACGAAAGGAUCAGCAAGGAAACGGACUAAAUCCACAUCGACAACAGUUUCAACCGACACUAAUAAGAACAGUGACAACACCAGCAAAAGAAGUAGUCCAGAUAAAGAAGACAAAGAAAAGUCGAGUGUUUCUCAAAAUCGAAAACCUUCGGAACAAACGAAAGAAGACACGACGAAUCUGACGACGUGCCAAGAGCUGAAACCCAAAUCCAGGCCAAAAUCGAGCAGAGUUCCAGUGGAAGAAAGUACAAAAAGAAAGGAUGAAGGGAAGGAGAAGGAACAGCAAGUUUCUGAAAAAGGGGAAAAGAAGUUCAAUAUGCAUUUGGCACAGCUCUUUUUCAAACGGAUGAUGGAGGCACAGAAAACGAAGAAGACUCCGAAUAAGAAUCAAGAUGAGAAUCUCGAAGUGAUGCCUGAUGUGAGUUUCAUGGCGAAUGUCUCCAAAAAAAACGUUAAAAAGUCCAAAAAUCAUCAUCGAAAACCGUCCAAACCACUCGAUUCGACAAUUUUUCAAGCCAAUGGUCAACCAGUUUGGAUGGUACCGGAUCGGAAGCACGAAGUACAAAUGGAUGAUGGCGUCUGGACGAAAAUUCCAGAAUUGAUGAAGGCGCUUGAAGAGGAAAAUUUGAAAAUGGACGAUCCUAAACAGUGGCUUCGAAUGGUUGAGAAUUUUAUUGCCGGAAAAUUUGACGACGGAAUUAUUAAGGCGGAUAGCGACAUCAAAGUGGAUCCAUUUGGCAGUUUCAAAGAGUUGGAUGAGAGAUCAGAUGUGUUUUUUCGAUACGAUUCAACGGUUUACUAUACUUUAUCGAAUAUGCUCACUUUGAGUAAAGAAUCCGUCGAUCGUUUCUUCAAUCAAGAGAAGGGUUUAAUUGAGCAGCCACGACGGGUAGAUGCUCAAUCUUUAUUCCUGAAACCGUCGAAAGAAGAAGAUGAGGAGAAGGAGAAGACGUGUCUCGUGACGUCGAUUGCCUUCAAUAUGGAUAGUACUUUUAUUAUUAGUUAUGAUAGACGCAAACCAAUCAUAUCGAUUAAAAAGUUCCGUAAAAAAUACCAAGAUCGUCUCCGGAUCUCAAUGGAACAGGAGAAGAAGGGUUCUCGUGAAACGUCCAAAUCCCCAAGGGUUCUCAACGGAAAAGUGAUUGGCUUCGACGCCGAAUGGAACCCAAAUCGAUAUUUCGCAAUUAAUAUGGCUGGAUUCGCCCUUGGAAUCCAAUUAAUUCUGAAUUCCAACGUCGAAUUCAGAAGUUUCUGCCCCUGGGGAUCCGGAAAAUCGGAGUCCUGUUUAUUAGAAGAUUUGAGGCUGAAAAGGGAGGAUAUUGAACCAUUUGCAUUUGAAAAUGAGACGAAUCGAGAAGUUCGGGUUUGGCACACCAAAACCUCUGUACCUUUCAUAUGGGAUUUACACCAAAAUCCGUUGAAUUGGCUAUUUUCGCAACCACCCAAAACCAAUGGCUACUCUGUAGAAUAUUGA